CCAAACACAGAACCUGAGGGAACCGUCCAUUUCCCUUCUUGCCAAAAUCCGUAAUAGGCCUACUCGCGUUUACGUUACACGCAUUUAGCUAUAGCCUACAUAUUUACUUUAUAUACAUCUCAUUUUGUCGACAGUUUUCAUUAAGUUUCAUAAUCUUUGAACAGACUGGAAAACACCUAGUGGAUUGGACGUACAGCUACACCAAAGGUAAUGGCAAGCGCACCCCCAUUGGAGACAACAACACUUGUGGGAUAUCCACCAUCCUAUGAGGAAACAGUAGGUACAAGCCAGAACUACCCACCAGGAGGUCCGAUGCCCUAUCCUCCUGUUGAUACAAAGGCAUUUCUGCCUCCAUAUUCAACACAAGCCAAUGCCCAGAUGUAUCCACCACCCCAACAAGCUCAAUUUGACUCUACCAGUCCUGUGGCCGUGCAGACUGUAUACGUGCAGUCUGCUCUGAUGUUUGGAGAUGUUCCGGUGCAGGUACACUGCCCAGUAUGCGCACAAAAUGUGGUAACUCAACUGCGCUACACAUCAGGAGCAUUAGCCUGGCUCUCUUGUGCAGGCCUGGCCAUUUUUGGUUGCAUCUAUGGGUGUUGCCUGAUUCCCUUCUGUGUGGACAGUUUGAAGGAUGUUACACACCACUGUCCAAAUUGCAACAACGUUUUAGGAGUCAAAAAGAGAAUCUAAAGCAGUUUACAGUUUACUUUAUAACAUGUGCUUUGUAUAAUUUUUAAUGAAAGAACAAAAUGUUACUGUGACUUAACCCAAAUAUACAUAGGUAUAUGUAUACAUAUAUAUUCAAACAGAUAGUAUGCACAUAUGUAUUUAAUUUAAGGUCUGAAUACGGACAGAUUUUCACUAAAACUAGAUUUAAUAUGUUUCGAUCAUUUUCUUUAAUCACAUUGUAAUAAUCACUAUAAUAAUUUACGUAAUAACACAUUCCCAUUUGUAAAAUUUGUAGCACAAAAAGUUUAUUAUGCAGAACUAUUGCUGUUUAGAAAGCAUAACAUUCUCUUUAUACUGUUACCUGCUUCAUGAUGAACUAAAUAUUAUGUAUAUGUUUUCUCAGUUAAAACAGCAAAAGUGUAUAUUUCACUUCAUUGUGACUUGUUGUGCAAAUUUUGUGAAGUCAUGGUGCAGCAGCAAAAUGAAUAAAAGCCAGUCUCAUGAAAC